AUGUGGAGGAAGAUGACACCCAAAGGCUUGACAAUGAAUAAGUUUGUUGAAGGACCUGGUGGAGCACUUGUUCAUGAUAGUUCUUAUGUAGGAGAGGAUGCAUGGGAUGAUGAUCCACAGCUUCCUCAGGACAAAGUGAAACAAAUUAUUGACAGUGAUGUAAAAUUUAAUCGAGAGGAAAAGAAGGAACUGGAGGAAGACUUGGGAAUAUCGGAUCAGUUUCAACAAGAUAGUGGAACAUGGCGUGAAAGACUUAAAAAAUGGAACGAGAUCCUUCAGAAGGAAAAGUUAGCUGAGCAGUUGGAUUCUGCCAAUUCUAAGUAUGUAGUUAAAUUCGACAUGAAAGAGGUUGAAAACAGUCUUUGCAAAGAUGUGGUAGAAAAUGUUAGAGAGUCACAGGGAACAAGGGCAUUAUGGACAGCUAAAAGAUGGUGGUUGUAUCGUCCUAGACCUCCGUAUACCUACUUUCUUCAAAAGCUUGACUGCCCUGAGGUAGCUGCUGUUGUAUUUACGGAGGACCUAAAAAGGAUAUAUGUUACCAUGAAAGAAGGUUUUCCAUUAGAAUAUAUAGUUGAUAUCCCUCUAAACCGUUACUUGUUUGAGAUUAUCUCAAGUUCUGGAGUUGAAGUUGAUCUUCUUCAAAAGCGCUAGAUUCACUACUUUAUGAAAGUUCUGAUUGCAUUGGUGCCUGGGAUACUUAUUCUCUGGCUUAUACGCGAGUCUGUGAUGCUUCUGCACAUCACUUCUAAGCGAUUCCUUUACAACAAGUAUAAUCAACUAUUUGAUAUGGCUUAUGCGGAAAACUUUAUCCUGCCAGUUGGAGAUGUGGGGGAAACAAAAUCAAUGUCCAAGGAAGUUGUGUUAGGAGGUGAUGUUUGGGAUCUUCUUGAUGAGUUGAUGGUUUAUAUGGGAAAUCCAAUGCAAUACUAUGAGAGAGACGUCAAGUUUGUCCGAGGUGUUCUUCUAUCUGGACCUCAUGGAACUGGCAAAACACUGUUUGCGAGGACACUAGCCAAGGAAAGUGGAAUGCCAUUUGUUUUUCCUUCGGGUGCUGAGUUCACAGACAGUGAGAAAAGUGGUGCUGCAAGAAUUAAUGAAAUGUUUUCAAUUGCAAGGAGAAAUGCUCCUUCUUUUGUAUUUGUGGAUGAAAUCGAUGCUAUUGCUGGAAGGCAUGCAAGAUUAGAUCCUCGAAGGAGAGCAACUUUUGAGGCUUUGAUUGCACAGCUUGAUGGGGAGAAGGAAAAAACUGGUGUUGAUAGGUUCUCUCUUAGACAAGCUGUGAUAUUCCUCUGUGCUACGAAUAGACCAGAUGAGUUAGACCUCGAAUUUGUUCGGCCUAGGCGCAUUGACCGUCGACUGUAUAUUGGUUUGCCUGAUGCACAGCAACGAGUGCAAAUUUUUUAUGUGCACAGUGCUGGAAAGCAACUUGCAGAAGAUGUAGACUUUGGAAAAGUGUUAAUAUUUGGUGAAGUGGUGUAAGUGUUUACUGGGAUCUCAAUAAAAAAUUGUUUAACUGAUGCCUUCAUUUUUCAGGUGAGGAAAGGUCGUUCCAAGAUCUACCAGAAAGACAUUGUUGAUGUAUUAGAUAAACAAUUGCUUGAGGGUAUGGGUGUACCGCUCACUGAAGAAGAGCAAUGGAAAUACGAACAGAGUGUCGUCGGAAAGAAGAAACUGCUAGCUGUUCAUGAAGCUGGUCACAUAGUGUUGGCUCAUCUGUUUCCUCAAUUUGAUUGGCAUGCAUUUUCUCAGCUUCUGCCUGGGGGAAAGGAAACUGCAAUAUCUGCGUUCUUCCCCCGAGAAGAUAUGGUAGACCAAGGUUAUACGACCUUUGGCUACAUGAUGAUGUAAAUGGUGGUAGCUCAUGGUAGGCGUUGUGCUGAGCGUGUUGUGCUUGGUAAUGACAUAACUGAUGGAGAAAGGGAUGAUUUGGAGAAGAUAACAAAGAUUGCUCGAGAGAUGGUUAUCAGCCCUCAAAAUUCAAUGGGGCUUACAUCUUUAACAAAGAGAGUUGGACAUGUGGAUCGACCAGAUAGUCCAGAUGACGAGUUGAUAAGAUACAGGUGGGAUGACCCCCAUGUGAUUCCAGCCAACAUGACGCUUGAAGUGUCUGAGCUAUUUACUCGAGAGCUGACAAGGUACAUUGAAGAAACAGAAGAACUCGCAAAGAAUGGUUUGACAAACAAUAGGCACAUUUUGGACUAUUUCUUUUGUUAUAGUAUCCUAAUGGUUUAAGAUUAUUUCUUUUGUUAUAGUAUCUGUUUCUUCCCUUCAAAGUGCCUUUUGGAAGACUAGUUUCUUGAGAUGAUUCCAGCUUACGUUUAUUUGGUUAAAUUUUUUGGAUGGACCGUUGCCGCAUAAUGAUAAGUUGCGGUAUAAACCCCUGGACGUAUAUCCUGCACCACUGCAUAGAUGUUAAACUAUUGCUGGAAAUCAUUGAUCGAUUCAUUGCAUAGAUGUUACUUUCCUGUGAAAUUCAAGCAGCCGGGAUCAACCUUAGCUUGUAGUCAAGUCAAUUCCCAGCAGACAUGACUGGCCACACGUUGCAUAUCAGGACGCCAUUUUGCCUGAGAAAUUGACUUUGUUGAAGCUCUGAAACCUAUAAUCCGCUGAGCCUUAUACGUCGCUACAACGAUAGAGGAUUGCUGAUCAA